AAUUACAUGUAGAUUCUUCUACAACAGUCAGUCAGUUUUAAAUACAGUAAAAUAAUCUGAACAUCAUUUCUAACAUAAACAGAUGAAGGACGAGGAGAAGCAGGAGGAGCAGGUUGUGGAGGAGGAGGUGAAAGUUGAGGGCAAUGACAGAAUGGAGAAAGAUAUCCUGCUGGAGGAGGUCAAUGUGGAGACGGCUGUGGUGGAGGAGGAGAAGGAUGAGAAGAAGGGCAAAAAAAAGGUCAGAAUGGUGGUGGUGUUGAUCAUGGAGAGGAAGAAAGAAGAGAAGCAGCAGGUGCAGGAUAUCGAGGAGGAGGUGAAGGUUGUGGAGACUGUUGAGGUCCUGGAGGAGGAGGUCAGUGUGGAGAGCCCAGCUGUGGUGGAGGAGGUCAGUGUGGAGAGCCCAGCUGUGGUGGAGGAGGUCAGUGUGGAGAGCCCGUCUGUGGUGGAGGAACAGAAGGCAGAGCUGGAGAACAUCAGAGACAGAACAGAGGAGAAGAUGUUGCUGGAGGAGGAGGAGAAGGACUGUGUGGCAGCAGAUCUGCUCUGUAAGUUCAGCCAGGAAUGCAUGAUAAAAUAAGAGUUCAUAAUUAUUACUUUAAAGCAGAUAAACAACUAAUUUUACUACUAAUUUCAUCAUUUCAGGUCUUCCAGUCUGGGAGGAAUCCAGGGUUUCUGCGUCUGAUGAAGCUGAGAUGAUUCAGCAACUGCUUGAAGGUAAAACUGUGAGAGAGAAUGAAGAGAACUCAGCCACUGUUUAAACAUCACAGUAAACUGAGUUUUACUCACUUUUUCAAAAUAAAGGUGUUUGAUGUAGUUUGUAAACAUUGUUAAUAUUUCAAAAUAUCCUGUUUACUGUAUGUUACAUGGGUCCAUUCUCAGCACAGCAGUAGUGUGUGUGUCAUUCAAGGUGGUGCUGCUGAAGCUUUUACACAUAUCAGAGUCACUGCUGUGCUGAGAAUCGACCACCCAAAUAAUAUCUGGAUAGUGGUGGUCCUUUGGUGGUCCCUUUCCAACGAUGGAUUGUUAAAGGGGGCUGAUGAACUGUUCAUCAGCAGAUGAGCUACAGUCUGUAACUGUAAACAUACAAAGUGUCCUUAAUCCACUUUCUUUGCUCACAUCAGAGCUGCUGCAGGAAGCAGUUAUGAAGUCGACCUUCACUGCUUCUGAUGAGAACACGGAGCAGCAGCUGCAGGAAUCCAGCAACUCUAACAGCUCUGCUGCAGCCCAGACUGACCACUGCAGGACCCACAUUAAGACUGAAUGGGUGACAAAGCUCAAAGAGGAGCAAGG